AUAUCAACCACUUUCCCGCUUGUAUCCAGCAAGGUAUAUUUGCUUCAGCUAUUUGAAACUUUUUGGCUUGAAUAAAUUGGGGAAUUGGGUUAAUUGAAAAGCGCGCGUUUGUUUUCUCGAAAGCUUGUUUACAUUUUUUUUUUGUUUUCAUAUUCACGAGUUUGAUGAAGAAUUGAAGGGAGAAGGAAAAGACACAACCAAACACCAAACAUUCACUCAUAAAUACCAUAAUGCGCCCUCCAACUUUUCUGGGCGCCAUCGCCACAACAUCUUUCCUCCUUAACUCAUUUGCACAUGCUUCACCACGACCAAACGAAGAGCCAUCGGCAGUGGUCGAAGAGAGAGAACCAGCUUUCCCACCUAAAGUCAAGACGGAACACCGCGACACAAAGUACUUCCACGAGCCAGGUGGAAACGAUAUAUUAGGACAUUACGACAUACGGUACUUCCAAGGAAACCCAGUCACCUAUGAAGAGAAGCAAGAUUCUCUUCAAUAUCUGAUCAAAUCCUAUCUUACCACAUUUCGCGAGAGAAAUAUCGAGACGUGGAUUGCGCAUGGGACGUUGCUAGGUUGGUGGUGGAAUGGCAAAAUUAUGCCGUGGGAUUGGGAUUUAGAUACGCAGGUUUCGGCUGCUACGUUGGCUUGGUUGGGAGAGAAUAUGAACAUGACGAUGCAUAAUUACACGGGGAGAGCAGAUGAUGGAACGACUGUUACGAGAGAAUAUUUGUUGGAUAUCAAUCCAAAUCAUGUGGAGAGAGUGAGGGGUGAUGGUAUGAAUGUUAUUGAUGCGAGAUGGAUUGAUGUGAGGAAUGGAUUGUUCAUUGAUAUCACUGGACUUGCGGAAGUCAACCCCAGUACACAGCCGGGAAUCUGGAGCUGUAAAAAUUAUCAUCGUUACAGGACGAGAGAUAUCUAUCCAUUGAGAGAAACCGAGUUUGAGGGCGUGCCGGCUCUCGUACCGUAUAGUUUCGAUAGGGUACUUACAGAUGAGUACAGUCCGAGAGCUUUGACGAAGACAUUACAUGAGGGCCACAGAUGGAACCCCGAACAAAAAGAAUGGAUUCCCGAACCCCAAAUCAACAUCCACGAAAGUGGUCUCGAAACCCGAGAUGAAAGCCAUCCACACAUGCCACGAAGUAUCCAAUCCGAUGGUAGUCGCAAAGCGGGAUUGAGAAAUCUUCUAAACGUUUUGUGAUUCUAGAGGGACGUUCUGUUCUAUGAUUGAUUCUUCGGAAUCGUGAGAUUGGGAGGAAGAAAGGUCUAUGAAAAAAAGAAGGGGGGAAGAAUAAAGAUGGAAAGAGAAAGGAAAUGCAGAUGGAAAUGCAGAUGAGGAAAAUGAUACCCACACAACCUUUGAACAUACAGUUUAAACAUACAGCAUAGUCAACAACAUCACGCGAGCACAUAUCAGCAUUGGCAUUGGCAUUGACAUUUUCGAAAUCAUACGAAAUGGAGUACUGAGUCUUUGCAGGGCAUAAAUGCAAAAAGCAUUUUAAUCGGCGUAUUGGAGUGCCAUUCGUCUUUUUGUGGAUGAUUUUUUCGUUGUUGUAAACAUUGGAGCCUGCUCGAUGAGGAGAUAUGUACAUCAGAUGCAAUGAGAUGAGAUGAGAUGAAAUAAGAUGAGCGGAGACACAACUCACUCCCAGCGCGGGAUUACGUGGGUACAUCAGGAUUACAAAAUUCGCACUAGUCAAUUCUUCUGAUAUGAAUGGCUGUGUGGGUAAAUGGAAACGGUGAUGGAAUAAUAAGUUGGACGAGAAGAAGACACGAGAGUCGUGGGGUUCUCUGUCGAGCUGGAAUACAUGCACGGGGAGGUCGAUUGAUCCGGAGACUGUGUCUCGGGCUUGUAUGUAUGUAUGUGUGGAGAGGAGAAGAGAGAUGGAGUGGUGGGUGCAGAUAUAUGAAUUGUAUAUGGAUAUCUAGAUAGAUAUAUUGUAUACAAAUCAAAUUACAUUGAAUUGAACCAAAUCGA